CUAUUUGGAUACGGAAAAUCUUAUAUUUCUUCAGAGUAAUAAUGGCCGUUUCAGUCAACUUAUUUAUUGUUUUACAGAGUGAAGAAUAUAUGUCAUUUCUUUGGAUGGUAAAGAAGGAUCCUCCAUCGUAUUUCUUCGGCACAAUUCACGUUCCGUAUACUCGAGUUUGGGAUUAUAUACCCGAAAACGUCAAAGUAGCUUUCGAAUCGAGCGAUACCAUAUACUUCGAACUAGAUUUGAUAGAUCCAAAAACUAUCUCGACUUUGUCCAAUUGUCAAAUGCUGCCUCAGGGAAAAAAUUUAGUUGAUGUGUUACCGGAAGAUCUUUAUAGAAGAUUGAAACGCCACUUGGAUUACGUGAAAGGAAUGUUACCUUCAUGGAUGACGGCGGAUCAAAGGGGAAGAGGUUUAUAUGCUGAUUAUCUCUUCAAUGCCAUCACGGGAAAUUGGGAAAGAAAGAGGCCCAUCUGGGUAAUGUUGAUGGUCAAUUCUUUAACAGAAAGUGAUGUCAAAUCGCGUGGCAUACCUGUUUUAGAUCUAUAUUUGGCUCAAGAAGCCGAGAGGAUGAAUAAAGGUACAGGAGCCGUUGAAAAAGUUGAAGAACAAUGCGUACCAUUAAAUGGUUUGGAUUUUACUCAGGUUUUAUUCGCUUUGAAUCAAACACUCUAUCAACAGGAAAGUAUAAGAUCUGGAGAUAUUCAAGCAUUCUAUACAACAGACGAUCUGAUUAAGCAUUAUAAUUGCGGAGAUCUUAACUCCGUGGUAUUCAGUCAAGAUUCGACUCAAGUGCCCCACUUAAACAGUACAACUAUGACUUCGCAGGAAGUUGCUGUCGCCAGGAAUAUUGACCGGUAUUUCCGAGAGGAACUCAUAUACAAGCGAAAUAAAAGAAUGGGAGAUCGCGUAGUCCAGUUGCUUAAUACCUAUCCGGAUACAAGCUACUUUUUUGCUUUUGGUGCAGGUGGGUUUCUAGAUAUUCCUUAAAAAAAAAAAUACUACUACUUGUCGGAAGCACUGUAAUAAUUUAUCACAUGCUGUG